GAGUGCUCUGAUUGGCUGGUUCGAACACCGCUGCCCACAAACACUGAGUAGCGGAGAACAUGACUAACCCCUGUACUAACUGGCGUACUAAUUCAAGAUUUCCGCAAGGAAAAACGCUAUAAAGCAACACAGACUGCCCACAUUUAUGGUUGAACACUCUUAUCUCUUCAGUAUUGCCGAAUGAAGAAGUGAAUCUGUCAUCGCAGUCAUGGAUGUCCAGACUGGCAUCCAGGUAUGGUUUGGUGAGAAGUUUGAUGCCCCUUUGCUGUGCCCCCGCAGCCCUCACAGCCCGUUGGCACAGCGUCACGGCCCCGGCCUUGCAGACGUCUUUCAGUAUGAUCAGUGGCUGGCAGUGCGACAUGAGGCCACCCUAGUGCCCAUGCAGGAGGAUCUGGCCAUCUGGCUCACCGGCAUGCUGGGAGAGGAGGUGAGAGCAGAGUUUUUCAUGGAGGAGCUGAAUAAUGGCGUGAAGCUCUGUCAUCUUAUUGGUGUUUUGCAGACUAAGAUUGCCCAGAACUGCCCCUCCACACUCAGCAAGCUGUUCCCCACAAGGAAGGUUGCAUGUAAGCAGGACGCCUCACCGGGUUCCUUCUUUGCCCGCGACAACACAGCCAACUUCCUGGCCUGGUGUCGACACAUAGGUGUGGAAGAGACUUAUCUGUUUGAGUCAGACGGCCUCGUGCUACACAGAGAGCCUCGGCAGGUUUGUCUCUGUCUACUGCAGAUCGGCCGCAUCGUCUCUAAGUAUGGUGUGGAACCUCCUGUACUCGUGAAGCUGGAGAAGGAAAUCGAGCUUGAGGAGACUCUGCUGAUGACACAGGAGCCCCCUCUGGCCGUCAAAACCUUCAGCGUGUGCUGUCAGCAUGGCGGCCUCUACCAGCCUGGAGAGCACAGCAUGAAUGACCCGCCCUGCAACUGCUCCAACAGAGUUUCCAUUGAGUACCUGUCUGAGGGGCGCUACAGGCUGGGAGACAAGACCAUCUUUAUUCGGAUGCUUCAUGGUAAACAUGUGAUGGUGCGUGUGGGUGGGGGCUGGGACACUCUGCGUGGUUUCCUGAUGAAAUACGACCCUCUGCGAGUGCUGCAGUUCACCACUCUGGAGCAGAAGAUCCUGGCCUUUCAGAAAGGUCCUCCCAGCCUGGGAGGUUACCAUGGCAAUGCAGCUCCACCUCUCCCUCCUGACAUGGACCCCCUUGCAGCUGUCAGCAACCUCAUCUCCUCCUCAUCCUCUUCUUCCUCCUCCACCUCAUCGUCUUCCUCUCUCUCUGGCUCAGCCUUUAAGCAGACGUCUGUGACCGCUGCAGGUCAGAUGGGUAAGUCAUACACCGACUCUCCAGCCUGCACACCCAAGCUGCCCAGGAAAGGUCCCACCACAGCACCCAAGAAGAACCUCCAGACACCUUGCUCCCCCAGGAAGCCCACCCAGCUGCCCCUGCUCAUCACCAUCAAAGGUUCCUCGUCUUUACCCUCCACACCUGUAGGAAGCUCCUCCAAACUGUCUCCCAGCUCAGGGUGUCAGGGUGCAAAGGUCCAUUGCAGAGCUCUGACUCCAUCAGCAGCUCCAUCACCUGUCACUGCAAAUCCAAGCCCCGCCUCCAAACUGAAGCUCAGACCGUCACCAUGCGUUGCCACCUCUCAGCCCAGGAGCCCUGUCUGCCCCGAGCCAUCCUCCAAAUGCCCGAAACCAUCCAGUCCCUGCAACUCUCCCAUUGCUACUCUGCCUUGCCCCAUCAUCGAACCAGUACGGGCAUCCAACUGGCCCCCGUCAUGUGCCAGCCAGCGCUGUCGCCUUGCACAGCGCCGCCCUGGCUCCCCAGCCUCACGCCUUCAUCUAGAGGCAGCAAGGCGAGCGCGGACAGCCUCACGAGCUGCAGUUGUAAAAACUCCAAGAGCAGCAACUCCACAGUCCCAAGCCUCCACUCCCAGCUCAGGGAUAGCCUCCUCAACGCUGCCAAAACCUGCUUGCUCCCUGCCAAAAGGCAGAGAGGCCACAGCCAAAGCAAAGGGGCCAGCCCCGACCAAGGCUGCUGCCCCUCCACGAGAUACCAAUGCUGUCCCUGGGCGGGUCCCAGUGGGCAACAUGGGCCCCUCUCCCGCCAGCAAAGCCGAUCAGAAAACACCAACCACAGUACAGAUAGUGCAGCACAAACAAGCAGCCACGAGUAACCCCGUCAACAGAAAGUCAAUUCUAAAGCCUGUACCAACUCCAGGACAACCCCUGGCCCCUCAGAGAUCCAGCCCCAACGUCAAAGCUGUUAAAACCGACUCCAACGUCAGCAAUAAGACAUCACAAUGCAAGGGCAAAAGAGAGGACCCUUAUUUUGAAAUGAAUAGGAAGAGGAGGCAGAAGACGUAACUGGGCGGUCUCAGAAGACUUUGCCAAAACCAGCAGGCUGAUGAGCGCUUGUUAUCACAAACCAGCACUUGCUGGAGCUCAGACUCUUCAAACAGAUAAAUGUUGUCACUAAUCCUCAUUAAAAAGCUUCUCAUUUUUGACCAUUUUUUGUUCUGCAAAUUUAUUUUUGUUUGUUGAUUUUUGUGUUAUUUAAUAUUCUUUUUUAUUUUAAUCUAAAAGGGGCAAAGAUGUCAUGUUGUUUGUUUUGUCUUUGUGAUGAGUUUUAAGAGUUCAGCUCCAUGUACCCAAUUAACACUAAAACUGGCACAAUGUUUACAUUUCCACCGCCAUUACAUGUUCAGCCAUUACAAGUUAUGUCUGAACUGACUUUUAAGGAACAAAGAGUGGAAUUUUUAAGAAAACUCUUUUUUUAAAUCUUAACCCCAAGGUCUUUUAGCUCAACAAGAGGUCACAGGACAUAGCCAAGAC